CCUGUACUGCCCAUACAGACUGCACAGACACCACUGCCCUGCCUGCACUGCCUGUACUGGCUGCACUGACUGACUGCACUGCCUGCAUUGCCCUGUCUGCGCUGACUGUACAGACUGCACUGCCUGCCCAGAUUGCACUGCGUGCAUUGCUCUGCCUACACUGUUCUGUCCUACCCUGCCUGCCCGCACUGUCCUGCCUGCCUGCCUUGUCUUGCCUGCCCUGCUCACACUGUCUGCACUGCUCUGCCUGCACUGCCUUACCGUGCCAGCACUGCCUGCACCAUUCUACCUCUGUCCUGCCUGCACUGCCGUUCCUGCCUGCCCGUCCCCCCUGCCCUGCAUCCAGCCAUGUGCCCAAGGUCCCUACACACCUUCCCUCACCCCACAGCCGAGCAGCCCCUGCCUGUCCUCUGCCCGGGACGCCGGAGCCCCGGGAGCUCUGGGCUGGGGCCAGCCGCCCCCGCAGAGCGCUGGCCCGGGGCCUGGGGCUGGGAGCCCCGGUGCUGGGCCGUGCCGGCAGUGGCUGCAGAUCUCAUCAUGGUGGGGGCUGCCCCGGGGGGGCACCACGGGGGCCAGGGCUGGCCGUGCCGGGCAGGCAGAAAGCGUCCGGCAGCGGGAUGGCGGGGAUGGCACUGCCCCUCUGCCUGAUCCUCGCUGUCACCCUGCAGGGUGGCCUGACCCAGGUGCCAGGACCCCUGGCCCGCCCCGGCCCCGGCCCCCUGAUCCUGCGGCUGCGGCGCCUGGAGGAGCAGGUGGGUGCAGGGGAGGGGGUGGUGCUGCCCAGCCUGUGCCAGGGGGGCACUCAGCAUUUUAGGUUGGGCAGGGACCCGGCACGGGGAUGUGGGCUCACCCCACCUCAUCCCACUCCCUUGCAGUUUCUCCGGCUCCAGGAGGUGACGCUGAGCCAUCUCCAGAGCAUCGCCAGCAACUACAACAUCUCCUAUAACAUCGAUGGGCGCUUCCAGGCGCUGGCAGAGCAGGCGGAGGCGGCUGUCGCUGCCCGGGCCGCCCUGGGUGCUGAGCUGGCCCGGCUGGCCACCACCGGCCGGCGGCUGCACCGCCGGCUGAAGCGGCUGGAGGGGACAGUGGGUGCCCUGAGCCCCCUGCACCGCCCGGCCACCCACCCACCGGGUGCACCGGUGGAGGCUGGCACUAAGCCACACGGCCUUCUGGACGCUGCCCGGAGCCGGGACAGCCACCUGGAGGAGGAACCAUGGCGCCAGGCUGUCCCCAGCACCCCCAGCCCUCGGCGCCCAAAGACGAGGCGGUGGCAGCAGCGCCGGCAGGAGGAAGGGCACUGGCUGCCGGCUGAUGCCAGGCCUGGUGGAGCACCCGCGGAACAUGCAGAGACUCCUCGUGAUGCAGCACUAGCACCCCAACCCACGGCACUGGUGCUCCCCACCGUGACCACGGUCCCCCGAGAGCAGCUCCCAGCCCUCCAGCAGCCAGGGGAGGGCAGGUACGGCCCCCUUUCCUCGGUGCCCACCUCCCCCGCCUGCCGCACCGGUGCCGUGCUGCUCUUCCCCAACAGCUCCGCCAAGCACGGGGCUGUCCUGGCGCUGGGGCCACACCGGGGGCUGCGGGCACUGUCACUCUGCUCCUGGCUGGCCACUCCAGCCCCCCGCCUCGGUGCCCUCCUCUCCUACUCCACCCAGUUCGGGCGCAGCGAGCUGGCCGUGCGUGGCCAUGGUGGGGAUCUCCCCGGCUCCGCACGCUUCAUCCUGGGGGACGGGCAGUUCCGGGAGCUCCCGGUGCAGCCGCUCCUGGAUGGCGGGUGGCACCACCUGUGCCUCACCUGGUCCUCCGGCCAGGGCCGGUACCGCUUCUAUGUGGACAGGCGGCUGCUGGCAGCCGGCUCCGGCUUCCAGCAGGGCUACGAAAUUCCCGCUGGGGGCUCGCUGGUGCUGGGCUGGGAGCAAGACGGCCCCAGCAGGGACUUGGGCACUGCAGGAGCUUUUAUGGGUCACCUGGCUGGUUUCGCUCUCUGGAGACGGGCUCUCCUGCCCGGGGAGGUGGCCAGGAUGGCGACUGGGCAGGGGCUGCCCCGUGGCCCCCUCCUCACGCUGGGCGAUGCCUCACUGCAGGGCGGGGUGCGGAGGGUGGCGUGUCCCUGCCUCCAGCACUGCCUGCGACGAGCCUGGCAGCAGGAAUGGUGCCGGCUCCCAGCGGUCACGGCUGGCUCACGGUGCUGAUGCCGAGCUGGAUCCUUCUGGGGUGAUGGGACGCCCGGCAGAGAGGACAUCCUAGGACCGGGACCACCGGAGGUGGGGCAAAGGGAAAGGGGCCUUGGCAGCCCGUAUGGCACAGGUGGGACCAAAGCCGGAGGUCGCCUGCUCCCAGAGGAUGUACAGCCCAUCCUUCCUAUUAAAAUGCUCCCGACA